ACAUGGGCAAACCACGGAUAAACGUCUGUAUAGUCUACCUACUGCUGCUCUGUCCUUUGGUCGUUGGCUAUACGACAACCCAUGCCGGAACCCUCGCCACGGCACUCAAGGCCGCCUCCAACGUUAAUGCCCGUCCAACCGGAAGUACGACUGUCUAUACGCAGCUCGGCAUAAUGAGCAUCGAUAACAUGGAUAUUGUUACUCAGGAGUUCACAAUGAUUGGCUUUUUGUUAAUGAGUUGGGAAGACAGUCGGCUAAUUUGGAACGCGAGCGAUUACGGGGAAAUCAAAGACGUCCAUCUAAAAACAUCUGAAAUAUGGGCUCCGCUUGUACUGCUAAAUAACGGCGGUAGCUCUAUAGAGAUGAUUAACGACAACAGCGACACAGCGAGUGCCACGUCUUACAUCUCCAGCAACGGCAAAGUGGCCUGGCUGGCUCCAGUUGUCUUCAAUUCGCAGUGCUCCGUUAACAUCGCCUACUAUCCAUUUGACAGACAGUCGUGUUCUAUGAUUAUCACCUUAAUAACAUUGUUAGGUCACGUGAUGUCGGCCGUUCAGUUCGACAUUACUCUUGAGAGAAAAUAUCAAUUCUACCUCCUCAACUUGAUCUUUCCUAUCACCCUGCUUGCCCUCCUUGGUCCGUUUGUGUUCCUGUUACCAGUGAACAGUGGAGAAAAGAAUGGGUUCACCCUGACCGUUCUGUUGUCCAUGUCAGUGACAAUGGCCUACAUUUCCGAUCAUAUUCCAUCCAGUGCUCUCAACGUUUGUAUCCUCAGUGUAUACCUGUUGAUCGUCUUCAUCAUCUGCUCACUCGAGACGUUGUUAACAGUGUUGUCCUGCCAGAUCCACUCAUACCACGGCAAGGGAUAUGUUCCGGGGUCGAGAUUGCAGAAACUCAUAUCAGCCGUGACAAAAAUCUCCUGUUAUGGACGCCCUCAAGUUGACGAAAACGAGGUGAUAUCAAACACAAAAUUGCAAAAUGAAAUCCUGGCUGAAAGACAAUAUACAAAAGAAAACCUCAUGGAUAAGCAGAAGGCGUGGGAGGAGGACAAUGGGAAACCUAAAGAAAACGAAGAUAGUAUCACAUAUACUUACGAUGAAUGUGCAUUCAUCUUCGACAGAGUGAAUUUCGUCGUAUUUCUCGUAGUGCAGAUUAUUUUAACAAUGGCUUUCUUUAUUGCUCUCCAAAUAGGAGGCGCAAACCAGUUUUGA